AAAAAGACGACAAAGAUGGCGGUGACCCGUCCAACCAAAGCCAAUCUGGGAAACAGCGACCGAAUUCCGCCUCCAAAUCUGGGUCCAGCAAAUCGAGCAAGCAGUCAGGGGGAAGUCUGCGCGGACGGAGCAGGACGAAUAACCUGUCCAUUGAUGACACGUUCUACCCCAGCGCCAGCCCUCAGGGCACCUGGAGCGAGGGCAAGAAGAACAAGUCACAGAAGCUCUCGGUCGUUGGAUUGUUUACACCUGCGGCCAGCAAGGACCGCGAGCGACAGGAUCAGCUCAAUGAAAUCCUCAGUCGCUACAGCAGCACCGGGUUGCCGCCCCUGCCCGAGCUGCUGGCCCUGGGCAAACCUCGCUUCAAUGACGCCAUGCUGGACAUGGAGGACAACUGGAGGACAUUUGUGGCAGGACACGAGGGUAUGUCCAAGAAGCAGCAGGAGAGACAGGAGGCGGUGUGGGAACUGCUGCAAACAGAGGUCUCCUAUAUCCGCCAGAUCAGGGUCAUUAUCGACGUCUUUCAGAACUGCCUCAUCAACGUUCAGCAGGAAUCCUUUCUCAACGAGAUCGAGACGGAGAGACUGUUCAGCAACAUCGAGCACAUCUACGAGUGUAACUGUGUGUUCUGGCAGCAGUACCUCCUGCCUGUGCUGAGACAGGCAUCAUCCAGGAAUACAACGGCAACUUCAACCUGUUGGCUCCCAUGCCUGGCUUCAGGGACGGACAGCCGCGCAGUCUUCUGUUCCACUCCAGUCUCCGCAUGAAGGAGGCACAGUCCGCCAAGGUGGAUGUGGACUGCCUUCUGUUCACCGACCUGAUUCUGAUCUGCAAGUCCAACCGGCGGAUGGAGCGCUUCAAGAUCAUCCGGCCACCCAUGAGGCUUGACCAGCUGGUGGUAAACGAGCUGCGGGACAAGGGCAGCUUCCUGCUCAUCUACAUGAACGAGUACCACGUGCCCAUCUCUGCCUUUGCCUUCCACAGUGACACCGCCGCCAUCAAAGGCUGGCUGGAAAAGUUCCGGGAGGCUCAGAGAGAGUUCAAAGUUCGCCGGGUCCAGGAGAGCGCGGAGUUGGAACGUCUGCGGGCUGGCAGCGGUCACGUGGCGGAGGAGGUGGAGUACACGCCACUGACCGCCGUCCCGUCCGACCUGGCCUUCGGCUCCGGCAGUUUCCCGCGCUCGGAGAGCAUGGAGUCCGCGGACAGGUUCAUCCCCAACCUGCUGACGCCCACCGAGCCCAUGGACCCUGCUUUCCACAACGACCUGGGCCGCUCGGGCUCCGCCGGCGACAUACACGCUCGGUACCCCGGCUCAGGGCCCUUACGGGACGCCUCGGCCGCCUACACCACCAGUGCAAUGUCUCCAGAGCUCUCCCCGUCAGACAGGCGGCCAAUGGGCGGGGCUAACAGCAGCGUCAGCCAAUCGGAUGUCUCAGCUCACAACAGCAAACACAAACCUGUUCAGACAUGCCACUCCGUGCCCAACAUAACGGUGAGAGACCUCGGGGCGGACGCCAACGCCCUCGCCUCCAUGCCUCCCCUCGCACCACCACCACCAUCAGCGGCGGCGCGACACAGGAAGAGCGCGGAUACUAUACAAAACCGUGUCGGUGCUAGCGCCACGUCAUCGUCAGCGGCAACGUUCAACGACGCUCACCGGUCGCUGUCACAGCUGUCUCUGUCGGAGCAGCACAGCGCCAUGGACGAGGAAGAACUCUCACGGAUUAAGUUCAACUCUCGGCGCCUGUCGCGGACGGAGAAACGCUACCACACGGCCGACUCCAUCCAGGAGAUGAAGCACCAGGACAAGGACUCCACCAUCCACAAACGUUUCUCCUGGAGAACGGACGUGAACGAUGACCACGAGAAACUCAAAUCCAAAGUGCUGAGCUCGGACUCCAUCCGCAGCAUCCCGUCAUCCAGCGGCGUCAGCUCUACGGGCUCGCUACACCUGAACCCGGAGAGUGACAUCACCGAGGAGGUGGAGGGGAGGGUGGGCGGUGGGGGGACGGACGAUGCUACCUUCGCCACCACCACCAACACCGCCGCUGCUUCCCGGAAGUCGGAGCGAGGGAAGCUGUUCUCCUCUAGUGACGCAGGGGUCCGCCUAGCCGGGGAGAGGUACGAGGAAGAUGGGGCGGGAUCAGUCGAGGAUUUGAACCCGGAGUCGAAGCAGUCCAAGUCCAAGUCGACGCCAGAUCUGGUAGCCGUGUUUAACAGUCAGCUCCUCAUCAGCGAGAUGCAGGACGGGAUCGCCUCUGUGGAGGUGACAGGUGACGUCAGCACCAGGAAGUACACACAGGCGGACAUCAUCAAGAUGAAGAAGAUCAAACAUCAGAUUUUGUAUGACGCUAACGUUGAGUCCUCGGAGGUAUGAAAAAAGACAGAGGAUUAGGUGCUUGAAGAAGAAAGAAGGCUUGGCUCGAAGAGCGACGAGGGACAGUCUGUCUCUCCCUCUGUGCACGUCUUGGAUACUGUGAGCAAAAACUGAUGAUUCCUUGAUCAAGGUCGUUUUUUGGAAGUGUGUCGUCCCAAGCAUACAGGCGUGUUUCCCCCUCUCGCCUGGACAGGACUGGAGAAUCGUUCGAUCGUAUUCUUGACCCAUCGGACGCCAGAUCGCCUGUGCACCGUAAUGGAAAUACACGAGCCAGGUGGCUGUGGGUAGACGCAAAGGAAGGACUGACCAAGCCGUCCCCAGCAGCCAUCUUGACCUGUAUCUACCAGGCAUCUCUUUCGUCAGACAGACUGACUCAUUGACCUCCCUCCUCACCUCUGGAUGUCUCCCUCAAUCCAGUUGACAUCAACGACCUACCCUCUUCGGAGCUCAACUCUUUGGAACUGAACUCCUGGGGGGACGAGUUUGGAGCUCCUCAAAGUUGGAUGACGCACUUUCAUGAUUCAUAUCGACUGGAUUUUUAUUGUGUUUUUUUGUUGUUGUUUUAUUAUUUUUUGUUUUUAUCCUUACCUACAUAUUCUACUGUUCAAUGACCUACCCGCUCAACAGCUCAACUCGUUGAGAGGAGUUCGAGGUUCCACGGAUCUAGAGCACGGAUGUACAAAGUCGGCGGAGAGGAUACCUGCUGUUGUUGUUGUUGAUGUUGUUGUUGUUGUUGUUGUUGUUGUUGUUGUUGUUGUUGUUGUUGUUGUUGUUGUCAUCCAGCUGGGAAGUGAAUUCCUCGGAACUGCUCGGUGAAUUUCCCCUCAUUUCAUCAACGGCUUUGGACUCAACUGGUUAUUUGUUUGAAUGGGGUUGUUUGUUCGUUUUUUUAAAAAUUGUUUUGUUGUUUUUAUUUAUGGGUGAGGCGAGGGAGGUAUUAUUUUUCCAGUUAACUGGGGAAAUCGCUGACUCGCAAUUGGCCUCCUGAUCCGGCUUAUGGUUCUUUCUACUGACCUUGCUGGGUGCACACAGGUGUGGCAGACGUUUAUAUAUACAUAUUGGGAACAGACAGAUACGCCACUCGUUGAUUUAU